GUGGCGUUCGCAGGAAGUGGGGCCGGCGCAACCCUUAUUACCGUCCCCGUCGUCGCCGCAAAACUCACUCCUACACAGUCUAGGCUUUCUAUCCAAUGAUUCUCCUAUGCUUUAGUUCCUCUCCGAUCUCUUCCUUUCUUUGACCAAGCAGGACAGGGGUUCCUACUUACACUACAUACAUUACACUUGCGGCAGCGACCCUAACCUUCAACCUUCUAUGUAAAUCUGGGACUUAAACCCCCUUGAAAAAGCCCUGAGGAACGCUUCGCGGGGCCCUCGUUUGGCUAACAAGGGGCCCUUUAUCCGCCAUGCGCGAACAUACCUAAUGCAUGGCAUGUCUCUUGCAGCCUCAUCUUCACUAAUUCAUCAAGAUCAUCGUCCCAUAUUUUCUGCUGCUUAGAUGCUUCAAGAAUCCAUAUAGACCUUGUUCUGCUUACUCAAACUGACGUUGAGCUUUAGAGAUCGUCCAUCUCUUUUACCUUGUUCACCUGCGCGCAUUAACUGUGUUGGAUGAGAGAGAGCUGGUUAUCAUGUAAGUCGGUUAUAGUUCUGAUUUUAUGUUUUGAUUUUCGCCUAAAGCUCCUCGCCAACUGGACCCCCCAGAACCCCCAAUUCGAAUCUAACCCAAGAAUUUUGCAAGACGACAGGUCAAUUUCUUGCGUCAUCGUCGUUAGAGCCGCCCUAUACUGCUUCUGGCCAGCUCCCAUUGAAGUGGACCGACAGGAUUGAAAAUAAUAUAUGGACCUACAGACAUCGGCCGGGUCGGAAUCCAAUUGCAAGGCAUGGAAGAUAGACUUACCACUUAGGUGUAUACUUCUGCAGCUUUGACAUGUUCCUAUUCUCGGACCAUGUCUCUUUUCGUCCUUCUUGUUACUAGCUCAACCCUGUUUGGUACAAGCACCAAGCCUCACAAGUGUGAUCGCCCCCCCACAAUGAUUACAUCUAGAUCCUGUCGUUGAACCGAGUUUACAUGCCGCAAGUGGCGGACCCUCUGGUCCUCUGGUCCUCUGGGUCCUCUGGGUCCU